UCAUCUGCUGGUGACUCUUGUCGUGAAAUUCUACGAAUGACACCUCGUCUGUGCAAUCCUAGCCUUUCCCUCUGACACAGUACGGGCGAUAUCGCUCGCUCUCACGCCAUGGCUGCCAUUAAGAACGUUGCCGUUGUAGGGGCAACUGGGAAGAUCGGGGGUCCAAUCGUGGCCCGUCUGCUCGAGUCGAAACUUUUCAACGUUACAGUGCUUACACGGGACAGGGGUCGACAACGACGGUUCCCGCCCGGAGUUGCCGUCAAGGAGGUGGAUUACGAUUCUGUCGAGUCCCUCGAGGCUGCGCUUCGGGGGCAAGACGCGCUGGUUUCGGCGGUGGCCUUCGAGGCCAUCGACGCGCAGAAGAAUCUCGUAGACGCAGCGGUACAGGCUGGCGUCCGGAGGAUGAUUCCCUCCGAGUACGGAAACGACACGUUAAAUCCUAAGCUCGCAGCCUUUCCCAUCUACCAGCCCAAGAUCGCCAUCCGGGAGCGCUGCGAGCGGAAGGUAGCGGAGAACCCGUCCUUCUCCUGGACCACGAUCCAGAACGCCUCGUUCCUCGGCCCUGACUGGACCCUGGACUUCAUCGUGGACGUGAAGCAGCGCAGGGCCGACAUCAAGGACGGCGGUGACGUACUCUUCUGCGCCACAACGUACGACGAUAUCGCACAGGCCGUGAUUGGCACCCUGACCCACCUAGACGAGACCGCGAACCGUCCGGUCAGGAUCUCGAGCGUCAACACGACGCAGAAUGAGCUGAUUGCAAUCGCCAAAGAGCUAGGGGCGACGGACGGCUGGGACAUUACGCAUUCCAAGACCGAGGACUUGGAAGUCGAGGCCCUCCGGCGCUGGGCAGAAGGUGAUCAUAGCGAUGAGGUGAUCGCCAUGUUCAUUAACCGGGCUUUCAUCGGGGACGGUUGGGGCGGAUAUUUCCCGGUGCGCGACAACGAUUUGUUGGGAAUCAAGGGGCUGGAUAGAGAAGGACUCAAGGCUAUCAUCAAGCUGGCCAUAGAUAGGUGAUCUGUCCGUUAGAUUGAGGAGGUGUGAGC